CUUCUACUCAAAGGGGUAUUAGGUUUUCCAACGUUCGUCGGAACCCUAGAGUUAUAAUUGGGCCGUGUAGACAGAAAAGUGAUAAUGUUGAAGCCCUUGCACUCCCUCUUGGCAUGUCUAUUGCUGCUGUUCUUGCUCAGAACUGCAGUAUGGGACAGACGAUUGACACAGGACAUGAAUCACAAAGGCCUUACCAUCUUACCUCUUCAAAUUCCUUCACAUCAUGCUCCAGACCUAAUUUACAAACAUUUGGGACAUCCGAGUCUAUCCAAGCUAUAGAAGAUGGUGCCUAAUUUGUCUAGUUUGUCCACAUUAGAUUGUGAGGCGUGUUAACUUGGGAAACACAAUCGUGCUACAUUUUCACAUAGUAUUGAGAGUCGUUCAAAGUCUAUUUUCUCAUUAGUUCAUUCUGAUAUUUAGGGUCCUAGUAGAGUUAGUUCACCCUUAGGAUUUUGUUACUUUGUUAGUUUCAUUGAUGAUUUUUCACGAUGCACUUGGAUUUUCCUAAUGAAAGAUUGUUCUGAGUUAUUUUCUAUAUUCAAAAGUUUUUGUGCCGAAAUACAAAAUCAAUUUGGUGUUUCUAUUCGCAUUUUUUCAUAGUGAUAAUGCCUUAGAAUACUUAUCCUCCCAGUUGCAGGAGUUUAUGACUCACCAAGGAAUUAUUCACCAGAUAUCAUGUCCAUACACCCUCAGUAGAACGGUAUAGAAAAAAGGAAAAAUAGGCAUCUCAUUGAGAUUGCUCACACUUUUUUCAUUGAAUCCCGUGUCACAUCUCUACUCUACCCCCCUUGUGUUUUUGGGAGCGCGUGUUUUGUUCAUAACUUAGCCCCAGAAAAAGAGAAAUAGCCCUUCGUGCUCUCAAACGUGUCUUCCUUGGUUACUCUCAAGUUCAAAAGGGGUAUCAAUGCUAUUUACCUGAUCUGGGUCGCUACCUUAUGUCCGUCGAUGUCAAAUUCUUUGAAUCUUAACCUUACUAUACAUCUUUAGAUCAUCUUGAUAUCUCUAGGUCUUACCCAUACCUUCAGUCUUUACCCACACCAGCCUUUGAGGAAUCUACAGUUACUUAGACAUCUCCGGCUGCAGUGCUACCACUUUUGACUUAUCAUCGCUACCCGCGUCCAUCAUUAGUUCCAGAUGAUUCAUGUCAUGCGCCUGAAAGCUUCCCUUACUGUGGACUUGCCUAACCUAACCAAUCAGUUGCACUUCAGAAAGGUUUUGGAAAGGAAAGAUGCAGCCGGUGAAAAUAUAUCUGUGGAUCACCUCUCAGAGAUUUGUACUUUGGCUGUCCGAGAGUCUUUGGCCAAUGUAUUCGGCGACCAGUUUGAGUCUUUCGUGAGGAACUUUGAGAAAUCCUUUCAUAGUACGUUGAUGACUCUUAGAUUAAUCAGUGAAUCUUCAAAGAACAGUGGAGUACAGCAGCAUCAUUGUGCCGCAAGGACUUCUGUCUCAGAAAGAUCUGUGCCUUUCAUUUCAAACGGAGUUGAAAAUGUUGCAUGUGAUCCUGACUUCAGUGAGUGUCAAUCAGAGUCAUUUCAGCAGAAUAUAUCAGAUAACGAACUGAGCAAUCAAGAAGAGAGAAAUGAAGGUACAUGUCUUGAAUCAAUAGGUCGGCAGCUUACCCUCUAUGAUAGGCAAGUAAGGCAGCAAUUGGCUUCUGCUUCUUCAAGCAUGAUUUCAUCCAAUACAGAGAUUAGCCAAUCUGUGCAUAGGACUUUGGAAAGAUCUCUCACAGAGCAGGCUAGAUCGAAUGACCUCAAGGCAUUUGAGAUUGGUCUUACAAUGAGGAAGUUGCAACUUAAAGAAAGGGAGCUGGCUCUCAGUUCUGAUGCUAACUUUUUGGAGAGGGUCAAACUAUCAUUUGGUUUCUCUAAGACGUCCUUCAAAACUGAAAAGUUCAAAAAUCAAGUAGAAGACUCAAAACAUGCUGAGCUGCUUAAAACAUGUAUAGACUGCCUAGUUGCUGGUUUAUUUAUAAUGCUGGCAUGUCUUGGAUAUGGAACUUAUGUUUUCUCUCACAAAAGAAUUACGGAAGCUGCAGCAUCCUGCUCACCUGCCAUGGAACACAAGUCUUGGUGGAUGCCCAAAUCAAUGGCAUCUAUUAAUUCAGGCCUGCAGCUCUUAUGGUGUCAGUUUCAAGUUCUCAGUCGCAUGCUAUUUGGUGCUUUCAUGAUAUUGGCUAUAGCCUAUUUACUUCUCCAGCGUUCUGCAACUUCGAAUCAGACUAUGCCUGUUACUUCCAUUCUGUUGCUGUUGGGAGUUGGCUGCGGUUUUGCAGGGAAGUUUUGUAUCGACACCUUGGGGGGCAGCGGAUAUCGUUGGUUGAUUUAUUGGGAGAGUUUGUGCUUGCUACAUUUCUUUUCAAAUGUCUGCAUCUCGGCUUUGUUCCUGAUCCUCAAUGGGCCUGUCAUAGUGUCAGAAAAGAACACGAGAGAGAGAACCUUUCCAUACUGGAUGAGGAGAUCUAUGUUUUAUACCACAAUACUUCUUUUUCUCCCCUUGCUAUGUGGUCUGAUGCCUUUUGCUGGCCCCGGUAAUUUUCCAAUGAAAAUUUUGCACUUCUCUCAGAUCCACCAUGCUUUAUCUAAUGUUCUCAAGGAUGAGGGGCAAAGUAUCGUCUCAAAUUCGGUAUCAACAUUUGGACUGAAGUGGUGUGUUUCCAUCCUUUCAAAAGGCAUUUAUUCAUUGUAUGGAUUUCCUUAGACAUUUUUCUUUUAU